UUAUCAUGCCUGCUAUUCAACCUAGCGAUAGAACCCCUGGCUAGGGCAGUGAUAGCAAGUCCUGACCUACCCGGAUUUAAAGAUAUUAAUGGGAGAGCACAUAAAAUGUCAAUGUACGCAGAUGAUACGUGCAUAAUAAUGACAUCUCUAUCCCAGUGGAGAGUCUUUAAGGGUAUAUACAAGCAAUAUGCAAAAGCCUCGGGGGCCAAACUCAACUUUGCUAAGACACAGAUCUUA